UAAAAACAAAAUCAAGACUAACAAAGUUUGCUUGAAUUUAUCUAAUAUCCUCAGCGAUCAUCCCAAAAGCAAUUAUGGAGCUUGGAUUGGUUGGAUCGAAUCAGAUUCGACGUCAUUCAAGUCAUAAUUCAUGACCCAACUUUAUGCUUCUCGGGUACCGAAGAUUUCAGCUUCACAAACAGAGCACUUCCCGAGCACCUUAGAUGACCCUCCUGCUAUGAAGCUACCCACUGAAGCAGUGUUUGCAUUUGCUUUUUUAAGCACUUUGGAACUUUUAGCUUUGGAAAAGCUAAAAAUAGUGUUUGCUAACCUCAGAUUCUGUUUUUUUAAAGUGCUUUUAAGUCAAAAUCUAAAAGCUACCAAGUGGUGCUUUUUAGUACUUUUAGGUAAUGUUGUAAAUAACUCCAACUUUAGGGAUAAUGUUAUACCCAAUUAAACCCAAAAUAUUUAUAUAUAAUACUCCCUCUGUCCCCCUAAGUUUGGGACGGAGGGGUGUGGUGUGGUUUUUAAGAAAAAGUGGAAUUGUGUGGUUGGUAUUGAAUUGAUAAAGUGUAAAUAAAGUAAGAAUGAAUUCUAACCACUCAAAUGUUACCAAAUAUGGUAUGAGACAAACUUAGUGGGACGGACGAAAAAGGUAAAACAGGACAAACUUAAGGGGACGGAGGGAGUAUAUACUUAAGAAUUUUUUUCCUUGUAGGGACCGUGACCACCUCCAGCUCCUCCCUGUCUCCACCCCUGCAGUCGAGUCCCCAUCCGUCUCCCACCACAGCACCAUCAAUAUUCAGUUUUAUCCUACCUGUUGUAGGAUAAAGCUUUCCACAUAGACCGGACCUACUGCAAAUUCCUUUUGUUGGCCCCUUACUUUUGGGCUUGCUGCCAUGCCGACCAAAAGGCUUUCACCGUGCUAAAAUGGCUUCGGGCCUUCGGGGUUCAUGUAAUAUUCUGCGGCAUCUUUUCAUUUUAGGCCAGCCACAAACCUUAAUAAACCAUAACAAUGAAGCUGCAAUCCUCUCUAUUACUUGCACCAAAAAAGCCUCCAACCAACCAAGAAAAGAAACAACUCCACUCCCAAUGAAGUCCCAACCGGAUUGCCGCCACACCAGCUGUGCAACCUAGCAGGAAACAAAUAAAUGAUGUGAGGAUUCUGGUGGAACUCCACGCAGUCUGCACAACCCCAACCCAUGCACACGUCUUCCACGAUGACAAGGCUACCACCUUCUGCUUUUGUGAUGUCCAUGUGAUAAGCUCCCAAAUGCAGUGUUGUAGGUGCCUCCAUAUACCUGCUCAUUACCCCUACUGAGUAGCCUCCAAAAAACUAAAAGAAAAUGAGGACCCUGACAUGGUUAGCAGCAGGCAGCAGCAGUCCAUACCAG